UUGGAAUAGCGGGACGAAGAGGAUUCCGGAUUGCUCGGAAAAACCCGAAAGAGGCGCCUCGCUGUGCGCCGAUAAAUGUAUCCAAUAUGGACCAUCCCAUGGAGUGCCUUGGGCAUCUCCUGUGGAUGCUGAUGUUGCUUCAUUUGCCCCUGCAAGAAGUCCAUGGAUUUUUCCCCAACAUCUGGUCUCGUACCGUAAGCUUCAGCUGGGGAUCCAUCACCCACCAGGACAUGACCGAAGAUGCAAUUCUGAACAUCACCCUUCGCCUCUUUAUGGAGACACCUCACCCUACCAAAGGGAAGCACAUCCAAGAAGAAGACUUUAAGGGCAAGACCCUCUUGGCUGAUGACAUCUUUGCCACCUUCUAUGGUCCUGAGGUGUCGGCCAAGCGUUUCCGUGGAGCCAUCGCAGAGGUGGCCAAUGCCAAUGCUGCCAUGGACUUUGUGAAUACAACUCGGGAUGACCCUGUUUUCCACUUUGAUUCAGAGCUCAUCAGCUCCACCAAUGCCUGGCUGUUGCAGGUUCGCAAAGAGAUCCUCCAAGCGGUGCGUUCUGAGCAAUACGGCAUCGCCCGAAAAAAGCUGGGACAGCUGCUCCAUUCCUUGCAGGAUUUCUACAGCCACAGUAACUGGGUAGAACUUGGAUAUGAGGAAAUACACCUGGACUUGGUUGAGCCGGGCCGUGAAAUUAACUCUGUCGCUGAAGCUGGCGUCCAGACUUGCAGUGACUGCUCUGAAUGGACCUGCAGAGGAAAUCUCCUGGAAGAUCUGGCUGUUUUGACUACAGGUUACUAUGGUUCCCGUCCAGAAAAGCCUAUUGGGAAGUGCAGUCAUGGUGGGAGGUUCGAUGACAGCCGCCAUUGGGAGCCUCGAGGUGGCAUAAAUAAGGACAGCACCUCCUUGUUCUUCUCACCUCACCAUUAUCUGCACCAGAAGGCAGCUUCUCUGGCCCAGGAGGCCUCCAUACACUUCCUGGAGAAGAUGUGGCGAGAAAUAGGGAACAAGCAGUUCAUGAGGUUGCUAGAUAUUAGUCCAACCACAGGCCUGAGCUUUGUUGUGGACACCACUGGAAGUAUGGGAGAAGAAAUCAGUGCUGCUAAGUUUCAGGCACGGGAGAUCAUCGAACGGCGCCAUGGCACCCCUCAACAACCAGAUUUUUACCUCUUGGUGCCUUUCCAUGAUCCUGGUUUUGGUCCCGUCAGUAAGACCAGUGACCCUGAAGAAUUCUGGAAAGUCUUGGACGCCAUCAGCCCUCUGGGUGGUGGGGAUGAGCCAGAAAUGUGUCUUUCUGCUCUGGAGCUUGCCCUCCAGAACUCACCACCCUAUUCUGAGAUCUUUGUCUUUACUGAUGCAUCUGCUAAAGAUGCUCAUCUAAAGAACAGCGUGGAGUCCCUUAUUCAGGAAAAGAAGUGCAAGGUGACCUUCCUAAUCACAGAAGACCCAUCCAAGACCCGAACAAAGCGGGAAACGCUUGCCCCGGACCGAUUUGACUUGUACGUGCACUUGGCUCACGGUUCAGGGGGCCAGAUUAUAUUUACAGACAACGAUAACAUCCGGCGGAUGGCUGAGAUUAUUGGUGAAUCCAGCUUAUCUUCGAUGACUCUCUUUCGCUACCACAAAGGAAACAUCUUGAGAUCUAAAGGGACUCGAUGGAGGACAAAGAAACAGGCUCCCCAGUUGGUAAACCACCAGUUCUGGAUUGACAGUUUGGUGGACCACGUGGUUGUGACCAUCCAAGGUGCCGUGCAGUUCUUUGAAAUACGGGACCCCACAGAUAGAUUCCAAACGGAUGCAACAGUUCACGGUCCCUUAGCCAAGAUCCAGUCCGUUGGUGGAAUUUACAGAGCAUUCCUUUCUGCUCCUGUCCAUCCUGGUGAAUGGACUUUGAAACUUCAGUCCAAAGGGCAUUAUUCGGUGUACAUUCAAGGUCAGAGCACCCUCGAUUUCCUGUAUUAUUUUGCUGUUCCUGUUGAUGGACGUCACCCGGGAUUAUUCAUGCUGGAUAGUCCCCCUGUUGAAGGUUUGGCUACUUACCUGGUUGUGAUGGCAAUUGGUCUGAAUCAGAGUAAGUCGGGCUCUGUUGAGCUGCAGUCGGUGAACUUAGAAGCAAGGACCGGCAGCCUCGGGGAGUUAAAGCUACAGAGAGGAGACCGUCGGAUGGACCUGUUCGUGGCCGAGCUGCCUCCCACUCUGUCAACUACCAACAGCUUUUCCAUAGUGGUACAUGGAGUGGAUGGCGAGGGCCAGAAGUUGGAGAGAUCUGCUCCUCAACUUGCAACCAUCACAGGAUCCCUCCUAGAGCUGAGCAGAGAGACUCCUGUGUUCCCAGGGAGGCUUGUUUCCAUCUCCUGGAAGGUGACAAAUCCUGGUGCACCUAAAAAUUAUGGACUGAAGGUGAUCAGCCUUCCCCAGAUUGCAGCCAACAUCUCUAACGCCAGACUGCAGUUAGGCUUUAACCAAACAGCAACGGGACAGAUAUCCCUGAAUAUUCCUGAGGCUGCUCUGCCUGGGUCAUUGAUCACAGUAACCUUGCAGGCCAAGUCUCUUAACUCUUCUGCAGAACCUGAUUUUGCCCAUAUUGAUCUUCUUGUGAUGCCUCAACCUCUGGAGGAGACCAUCUCAUCCCCAGUGUGCAAUGUCACAUCUACAGAGAAUUCCUGUGGUCCACCACAGUCCCCUUGUCGCAGCCAACGUUGGACAGCCACCUUGCACAUCUGGGACAAAGCUGGCAUUCACUCCGUGCAGGUGGAAGAGGGUCCUGUGCUUCCCCACCAAGCCCACGGGCUGGUGGAAUCAGUCACUUACACCUCAGACUGUUGCUCCCAGCAGGCAAUGCUGGUGGUCACCAACCUGUCUGGGGAGAAAUAUCGAUGCCAGGUAGCAGUAUGGCUCCCUGACCUUCCUGGCAAGACAGUAACCAUAACUCCAGAGGAUUUUAGGAUGGUGGCAGAUGCUGCUGGUGCUGUUGAUAGAGCUGUUGCUCCUUCUACCACAAUCUGGUGGUGGAUAUCAACAGUCUUCUUGGCCAUUGUGCGGCUAGGACCUUGAGGCCCCCAUUUGUUAUGUAUGGGAGGAGCUCUCAGUGUUAUGGCUCCCUCUGCUGGGAAGUGAUGGCAUUUCACCUUAUCAGAGAAUAAAGUUAAAAAGAGGGGGAUCAGCUGA